AUGCCCAAGGCUUCCACCAAGGACUCGAAGAAGGCCGUCGCCGACAAGGCCAAGCGCGGCAAGAAGGACCCCAACAAGCCCAAGCGCGCCCUCUCCGCCUACAUGUUCUUCGUCCAGGACUGGCGUGAGCGCAUCAAGUCUGAGAACGCCGACGCUUCGUUCGGUGACGUCGGCCGUCUCCUCGGUGCCAAGUGGAAGGAGAUGUCCGCCAACGAGAAGAAGCCCUACGAGGACAAGGCCAAGGCCGACAAGGACCGUGCCGCCAAGGAGAAGGCCGAGUACGACGCUUCCAACGGCAAGCGCCCCAAGAAGACUGCCUCCAAGGCCAAGGUCGAGGAGUCUGAGGACGAGGACGAGUCCGACUAA